AUGCUUUACUUAAUUUUUGGCAACAACUUUUUCCUCUGGAAAUGUUUUAGAAGACGGAAUAAAUUAAAUUUAUUUUUAUUUAAUUAUUACAAAUUGUUAUUUUUAUUAGAAUGUUUAAAUGCACAAAAACAACAACAAAAUUGUUUUGAAAAACAAUACAAAAAUUUACAAAUUAAUUUUGGUUCUCUACAUAUUAUUAAACGAAUUGGCAUAGUUUCGGCUCCAGAUGCAUUUUAUUUGGCACAUUAUAUAGAUGAAGAUAUUGCUGAAAGGAGGAUUAAAAAUUAUAAAAUUGAGACGGGAGAUGAUAGGAAUUUUUUAAAAAUGUCAAAUGGCGAAAAACAUGUAAUUUAUUCAAGUAAUUCUGCACAUAAUUUGGAAUGGUCACAACCUGAAAUAUUAGUCAACAUAAUUCAUUUAAUUUCAAUUAAUUUAAAUAAAAAUAAAACAAUUCAACAACAACAACAUUCCCCAAUUAUUUUUGUUAAUGCCUGCAAAGCACAAAAUUCAAAGCCAUUUUCAAUUAGCAAUCCUUUUGCGGUUAAUCCAAUGCUUUUAGGAAUUGCUUCUGCUGCUUAUGAAAAUGAAUUGAUUAUUAAUUUUAAAACUUUUGAAAAUGGUCUUUUAUUUUAUUCAAUGGCUAAUCAUGGUGAUCACUUAAUCGUUCAGCUAUCUUUUGGCCGUUUAGAAAUAUAUUUUGAUUUUGGUGCAAAUCAAAGAAAUGUACUUAUUGAAGGAUUGGCUUUAAAUGAUGGAGAAUGGCACGAGAUGCGUUGGUUACAUCAUUUUGAUAGUGUAGAAUUGUUUGUAGAUUCAAUUUUAAUAAAUACAACAGAAAUUGGUGGCCUUUAUCGCAAAUUAGAUUUAAAUUCCGAAAUAGAAAUUUGUGGAAGAAAUGAAGAAUUUGUUGUUGAAAAGAUUAAUGGAUUAAAUAUAGAAAAUGGAUUUCAUGGUUGUUUUGCUAGAAUAAUGCUAAAUAAUGUUGAUUUAUUAUCCUCUGCGCCUGUAGAAUUGAAAGAAUGUAAAAGUAAUGGUUUUAUUUUUUUAAUGAUAAAUAAAAUAUGGAACUCAUGUAAGCUCGCGUUAAAUGACAUUAUCCCUCAACCACAACUUUUUUCUCUUGGAUUAUCUACUAGUCUACAAAUUCCAUAUACAUUUCUACCGUUUUCAUUAGAUUUUUAUAUAAUUCCAAAUUCUGGUCCUUUACUUACAAUUUUGGAUAAUGAAAAUUCUAGUCUUUUACAAAUAAAAAUUGAAGAAAAAGAAGAAAUUGAACAAGAAGAAGAAUUGUUACCAAAUUAUAUAAUUAGUAUAAACACCGGAUUUGAAGGAGAUAAACCUAAAAGAAUGCAAACAUUUUUACUCUCAGCUUCUGGUUGUUAUCGUUCUACAACAAUUGACUUAAAUCAAGGAAUAUUAAUUGGAAAUGAAUACAAGCGAGAUGAAUGUUCUUUAAUUCAAAAAUGUUCACCAAAUCCGUGUAUGAAUGGAGGAAAAUGUAUACAAAAUAAUUUUUAUACAUUUAAUUGUAAAUGUUCAAAUAAUUAUAGUGGAAGAUUUUGCCAAAUUUGUUUAGUUUUUUUUAAAUUUAUUUUGGGAUUUUUUUUCUUUAUGCUAGCAAUAAGGGGAAGUCCGCAGGUCAAACUAGUAAAAAAGUUUGGUCUCAUUGUCAGACAGAUCACUAAAUUACCAUCUUCAUGCGAACAAUAUUUUGCUUUAAAUACUUCAAAAAAUAUUGCUAAAAGAAUUAAUAAACAAUUAUUAAUGAUUGACUUGGACGGCGGUGGUUCAUUAAAACCCUUCAAUGUUGAAUGUAAAAAAAUAAAUAAUUUAAAGAAAAAAGGAGAAAAAUCUCAAAAAGAAAAUAUUGAAUACUUUACUAUUUUAAAUAAUGAUGCUCCAAAAACUGGAAUUCAAGUACGGGGUAUUUCUGAGCCUGGUUCUGUUCGUCAUAUUCUCAAUUAUGGAUUAGAUAUGGAUGAAUUGGAUAAUUUUAUUUCGUCGUUUGAACAUUGUGAACAAAAAAUGAGUUUUCAAUGUUCCAACGAUCAACGAUUAAUGACUUAUUCUGGUGAAGAUAAUAAACGCCCAUCUGUUUGGUAUACAACACGUAAUGGACAACAAGGUCUUCAAUGGGGUGAUGCUCCUCCUUUUUCUCGAAUGUGUCCGUGUGCAUUAAAUGAUUCUUGCUUAUUAAACUUUAAAUGUAAUUGUGACAGUGGAGAAGCUUCUUUAGACGAAGGAAUUAAUUCCCAUAUUCAAUUACUUCCAAUUCUUCAAUUAUUUAUUGGAGGGGGAACAAGCAGUCAAUCCUUAGCAAAUGUAAGCAUUGGCCCUUUAGAAUGUUCUGGAAGAUAUAUUUCUGAAACAAUAACAUUUACUGAUAGAAAUCAACGAUUACUUACUUCAUUAAAUUUUAAUAAUGCUAGAACAGUUUAUACUUCAAUUCAGAUUAAAUUAACACAUCCAAGCCUUACUAUAUUUACUUUUACUUCAACAAAUCAAGAACGUUGGUUUCAACUUUCUGUAAGAGAUGGACAUCUUGUUGGACAAAUAGUUAAUGCUGGAUUAAUAAAUGAAAUAAUUAGUGAUGUUCGUGUUGAUGAUAAUCGGUGGCAUUUAAUAUCAUGGGAAAUAGAUGAACAAAAACAAAUUUUACGUGUUGAUUUAAAAGAAAAAAUUUUGAAAGAUUUUUUUAUUUUACCAAAAACUUCAAUUUUAAUUAUUGGUUCGCGUACUUAUAUUCCUGAUCGUUCUGGUUUUGCUGGACAAUUGAAGCAUUUUAUUUUAAAUGGAGAAUCUAUUCGGUUGGGACAAUUGGCAAAAAAAGUUUUGGGAAAUGGAAUUCAAUUAGGUGAAUGGGGGGCUUGUAAUAUCAAAGCAAAUAAUAAUGGAAAAUGUCAAAAUGAAGGAAUUUGUGUUGAAUUAUAUGAUGGAUUUAAAUGUAAUUGUUCUUUAACUCCAUUUGCUGGUGAUACAUGUGAGGAAGAAGUUGGUAUGUGGUUAUCUACUGGUUCAGAAUUACGCAUUGCUUGGCAACAUCCUGGUCAAGUUAAUAAUUGUUUUAGAAUUAAUGUACAAACUUCAAAUAUUAAUAAUAAUGGAAUUAUUAAUUUAAUAAGAGCGAAUGCGUUAUUUGCUGAAUCUCGUUUCAAUUUAAGUAUUGAUAAAGAAGGUCAUUUAAAUGCGUUUAUAUUUGAUGGAUUUUUCUUCACACAAAAUGUAACUUAUGAUAAAAUUAGAAUAACAGAUAAUAAAAACAAAGAUAUUCGUUUUUGUGCAAAUUCAACAGGAUUCUUUUUAAAUAUAAAUGGAGAAAUUGCCUUUUCAUUAUUGGGAAAUUUUACCUUCUUUUCUUUACUUAAUGUUUGGAAUUUUGCUGAUAAACAAAAAUUUAAAGGAUGUAUUUCACGUUUAAUGAUUGGUAAUGCUUUUCCUUUGAAAAAUCCGAAAGAAUCAAGGCUUUUAUAUUCUGGAAAAAUUAAUUUUGGAAGUUGUCCUUUUGAUAAAAUGUAA